AUGGAAGCCAUGGACUGUGGACAGGCAGUGAACGCAGGAGCUGGUUUGGAUCCGGGCAGCUCAGGCCCCUCAUCCCUCACCCACGACCAACAGGCCAUGCUGACUGUGGUGGUAGAAGUAGAGCAAAGUAGAGGAUCAGGCCCUGAGGAGACCUGUCACUCUGUGCUCCUGGAGGGGGACCAGAACAUGUGCCUGUUCCAGCCAGGGACCCUGGAGAAUCAGGAGGCAGAGCAGGAGCUGCUAGCACGAGUCCAGUCCACACUGGGCUCUGUGGGCCGAGGGUACAGUGUGGCCCUGCUGCUUCGGGGUCGGGAAGGAGAGGCACCCCGGCUUGUGCCCCAGCUGCUGCAGAUGCUGUUUGAGGAAGCCCGGCCCCUCAGUAACUCUGAUCCUGUGCUUAGUACCCUUAGCCUGGUGCAGCUCAGCCCCAGUGGGAGGACGCGGGACCUGCUCUCUCCAGGAGCAGAGAACCUGUCGGUGCUGGAUGUAACCCCUCUGGGCUUGGUGGUGGCAGGAGCCAAUGAAGUGGAGGUGCCUGACUCAAGAGCUGCCUCAGACUUGUACUUGCAGGCUGCAGGGGGUGAAGGCAGAGACUGCCCCCUGCUACAGGUAUUGGCACGUGAGGUUGCUGGUGAGGAGUUGGAGGGCUCUCUGCCCUGGAUUGUCUCAUGGCUCCUGGAAGGAAACAGCUACAGUGCCCUGCUUCUUCGUCUGGACCCUCAAGGCAACUCCCUGAGCUUGCUCCAGGCUGCUUUGCUGGGGGUGGCAGAAAGGAGGACGCAGGUGAAACAGGUGAGGCCUACACUGUGGAAUGCAGUAGAAGAGGCCCGGGCCCGACGCAAUGGCCUGAAGAGCCUCCGUUCAGGCCUCCUAGGGGAUACCCUGACGGAUGAUGGACUCAGCCAGCUGGGCAGGGCACUGCGGGAACUAAAGGUGGUAAAAGCCUGGAGCCAGCGCCUAGAAAGCUGGACACUCAAAGAGGUCAAAGCUGAGGCCGUGGGGAUCCCAGAACCACAGUUGCAUUUUCCUUUGGUGGCAGGGAGAACAGCAUCUCUGGGCACUGAGCAUUACCAGAAGCAACGUCUCACGGACUCUGGGGAAGAGGCUCCAGAUGUGGCCCUGCAGUUCUUCCUGGCCCAGGUCCGGAGGCAGAGACUGAGAGAACAGCACCACAUUUGGAUCCAAGAGCAACUGCAACACUUGGAACAGGACAAAGUGACAGAGGACCAGGUCAAAGAUCUGCUUGCUGGGGAGGAGUUGAGGGGCAGGCAGAGACAGCACUGGGAACAGACAGUUCUUAGACUCCAGCUGGAGGCCCUUCAGGUGGAGCGGGACACUGCGGAGCAGGACCUAGUGGCCCUCUAUGACCUGCAUGUGCAGGCUGCCCGAGCACGGACACGCCAUGUGCUGCAGGUGUUCCGAGCCUGGCGAGGGCUGUGGGAAGAGCAGGCCAUGACCAGAGAGCAUCAUCACCGUGGCCUACUGGCAUGCAUUCUGCAAGAGACCAUCGACCUGGCCACACAGAACCAAGAGCUCCAAGCCCAGAAUCAGCAGCUUGGAAGGCUGCAGACUAGGCAGGGGGCAGUGAUGCCAGAUCCGUGUUCAAAGGAUCAGGAACCCUUUGGGGACAGUUUUUCUUCACCUCAUCCUUAA